ACCGCGGUGCUGUGGUUGUUGUGGCGGCUCGGAGAGGCAGCAGCGGAGCGUCGACGGGCGGAGCGGCUACCGGCGGUGAUUUUACAUGAUUAAAACACUAAACGGAGAGGAAGACUCGCGCGGAUCCACAGAAGCACACCUGAAACGCACGUUCGGUCAUGGAGUCCUAUGACAUUUUAGCUAACCAGCCGGUUGUGAUCGAUAAUGGUUCGGGGGUCAUCAAGGCCGGGUUUGCAGGAGACCAGAUCCCCAAAUACUGCUUCCCUAACUAUGUUGGGCGUCCGAAGCAUGUGCGCGUGAUGGCAGGAGCCCUGGAGGGAGACCUCUUCAUCGGACCCAAGGCCGAGGAGCACAGGGGCCUGCUGUCAGUGCGGUACCCGAUGGAGCACGGCAUCGUGACCGACUGGAAUGAUAUGGAGCGGAUCUGGCAGUACGUUUACUCCAAGGAGCAGCUGCAGACGUUCUCUGAGGAGCAUCCUGUGCUGCUCACUGAGGCGCCUCUGAACCCCAGCAAGAACCGGGAGAAGGCUGCAGAGGUUUUCUUUGAGACCUUCAACGUCCCCGCUCUCUUCAUCUCCAUGCAGGCUGUGCUCAGCUUGUACGCCACAGGUCGCACCACCGGUGUGGUGUUGGACUCUGGCGACGGUGUAACCCAUGUCGUGCCCAUAUACGAAGGCUUCGCCAUCCCCCACUCCAUCAUGCGCGUGGACAUCGCUGGAAGAGACGUCUCCCGGUACCUCCGGCUGCUGCUGCGUAAGGAAGGCUACAACUUCAACACGUCCGCCGAGUUCGAGGUCGUUCGCACCAUCAAAGAGAGAGCUUGUUACCUCUCUCUCAACCCUCAAAAGGACGAGACUUUAGAAACAGAGAAGGCUCAGUACGUCCUCCCCGAUGGAAGCACUUUAAAUAUCGGUCCAGCCAGGUUCCGCGCUCCCGAGCUGCUGUUCAGACCCGACCUGAUCGGAGACGAGAGCUCGGGCAUCCACGAAGUCCUGGCCUACGCCAUCCAGAAGUCCGACAUGGACCUCCGCCGCACGCUGUUCUCCACCAUCGUGCUGUGCGGGGGCUCGACGCUGAUCAAAGGCUUUGGAGAACGGCUACUGACUGAAGUGAAGAAGCUCGCACCCAAAGACGUGAAGAUUAAGAUUUCGGCUCCUCAGGAGAGGCUCUACUCCACAUGGAUCGGUGGCUCCAUCUUGGCGUCGUUGGACACGUUUAAGAAGAUGUGGGUGUCGAAGCGGGAAUAUGAAGAAGACAGAGCACGUGCCAUCCACAGGAAGACCUUCUAGGCUAAUGUCCCCUCAGAACUGCCCCCAUUAACCCCCAUCAUACGCUGGAGACUCCCUGACACCUGCGGGUCCCUCCUCCUCCUCCUUAUACACCCACCCGCUUCUAAUCCACCAUCAGCCUCCCGCUCCACCCCUCCACCUGCAGACACACACACACCUUUGUGUGUGCUCGUCUCAUAUUUACCUCCUCUGACCCCCAUGUUCUUCCUGUUGUCAGGUGACAGUGACAACACUCUCCAGACAUCACACACACACACACACACACACACACACACACACACACACACACAGGGCUGUCAGGGUGGUGGGAGGGUGGCGGUUUGCUGUGGGUGCUCUGAGCUCCUCGGCUGAAGUAUUGGUGUUGCUCUCUGAAGCCCUGUGAGGUCAUCAUGACGUCAAUAAACCUGAAUGUUUUUGUUUUCUUUGCUAAUGUUCAGAUUUCCAUUCCAGACGAACGUUUUGAUUUCAUGUCUGUUUUGUAGCCUUCUUUCUGACAUGAGUCUGCAGCUCUCUGCAGUGUGUAGUGCUAUUAAAACGCCACUGUAUUAUAGACCUGAACUGCACAGUUAUUCUCAGUACAGUUAAUUUAUCGUCCGCCGCUCAUCAUCUUCGUUACCAAUGAAAUGUUUUUUACGUGAACAUGGCGUCACGUGUUUGUGUGCAGAGGAAAAUGUUCAGCAGCGUCUUUGUCGGCUUUUUGUCUCAGCUGACGGGAUUAAAACAAAAUGUGCGAAAAGC